UUUUUGUUAAAACCCUUACAAAUAUCAGUACUUAGACAAUCAACCAGCAGCAAUCAAUAAAGUGAUCACAACAAGCAAACGAAAAUUGAUGUAUAUACAAAUACCUGCUAAAACGCCGUCUAUAAACACAAUCUUCACAAAGUCGCACCUGUACCUACCACGCCACGCAAAUUCGAAAUUUUCCGAUCAGUAAACCGCUGACACUGAACGCGUGAAGCUCGUACAUCAAGCUGUUUAUAAUUCGACUGACACGAUGGUACCGAAAAUAUUAAUUAUCGGUGCGGGGGCUGCCGGCAUCGCCGCUGCUACACGUUUGUAUGAAAGUGGUUUUCGAAAUUUAACCAUUCUAGAGGCAGAAAAUCGAAUCGGCGGAAGAAUCCAUACCAUUCCGUACGGAAACAACGUUUUGGACUGUGGAGCGCAAUGGGUACAUUCCAACAAAGAUAAUUUCGUAUACGACAUGGCAGCUCAGUAUAAUUUACUUGAGAUUAACUCCCAUCGUGAGAAUGGAUUGUGCAUAAAAUCCAACGGCGAAGAGGUCCCCUUAUAUGUGUCCGAUCGAAUCAUGGACUUGCUAACAAAUUGUACGGCGGAUGUUAAAAAACUAAGAGCGUACGAAAAAUCUUUAGGAGAUUAUUAUAUGGAAUGCUUUCAGGAAGCGCUGCAAAGUGGUAAAUUUGGGGAUACUGAUACUCAAACGUGUUAUCAGGUGUUCGAUUUUUUCCGCAAAUAUCACACAACAUACAAUGCAGUAGAUAGCCUCUUCGAGCUGUCCGCUCCCGGACUGCUGGAAUUCACUGACAAUCAAGAUGAGUACCUUAUCAAUUGGAAGAUAAGAGGAUUUAAAACAAUACUCGACAUUUUGAUGAAAAAUCUCCCGGAGCAAAACGCAACUCCAAUUCCGUUAGCGGAUUUCACAGUCUUCAACAAACGUGUUUCCAAUAUCGAUUAUGGAACUAAUCCUGACUAUCCCGUACUCGUCACGUGUUCAGAUGGCAGCAGCUAUUUGGCUGAUCACGUUAUAAUAACAGUUUCCUUAGGAGUUUUGAAAGAAAUACACAGUACGCUCUUUAGUCCCACACUACCCGCACUUAAAACAAAUGCUAUAGAGGGCCUCUACAUAGGCACCAUUGAUAAAAUGGUACUAGAAUUUGAUGCUCCUUUCUGGCCUGAAGGUUGGCGAGGAUUUGGUAUUCUAUGGAAUCAACAAGAUUUAGAUGAGCUUCGUCAAACAGACAAACAGUGGCUGGAAAGUAUUUGCAGCUUUUUCGUACCCGAGCACCAGCCAAAUAUUUUAGUAGGUUGGAUUUAUGGCAAAGAUGCCAGAACAAUGGAAUUACUUCCCGAGGAAAAAGUCAUUGAAGGUUUACACUUCAUUCUGCGCAAAUUUUUAACAAAAUACUCUGUACCGAAUCCCAAAUCGUUCAAACGUACUAAUUGGUACUCUAAUAAAAACUUUCGAGGAGCUUACACCAGCCGGUCAAUUGUUUCGGACAUUUUGGAUUGCAAGGCGGCUGACUUGGCGAUGCCAUUGUUCAACGCCAACGGUAAACCCGUGGUUCAAUUUGCCGGUGAAGCAACACACCCGGAGUAUUACUCAACCGUACAGGGUGCCAUCGGAAGUGGAUGGAGAGAAGCAGAUAGACUUGUAGAUUUGUACAAAAACAAACAAUUGACAAUCCAGUACAGUAAACUUUAAGUCCUUGAUUAUGGAGUAUAGUAAAAAUGA